UCUCACUUUAUCAUUUAUUUUUAAAUCUGUUUACUCAUCUUCAUGAAAGUUUUGAACCGUAACUACACUUGAAGUUUCACCCGAUCGGCCGAGUUCCAAAAUUCAUGCUAACGCCCGCUGGAGAGCUACAAUUCGACACCAUUUCGUCAAGAAAAAAUGAUGGAACAAAACAAAUAAAGAGAUUGGAGUUAACAAGUAUUAGGUUUUCAAAAUUCACCAGCUCAUGUAAUGGAACUUUGAAGAGUGACGUCACAAUUUUCGUUAAAAUUUUUUUUUCGAAUCCUCAGAAUAGCUUUGGUUUCCUUGUAACCUCGUUCGGCAGUUCUGUUAAUGUCUUGUAAUUUACUUUGUCUACCCCUUGUUACAUUUGAAGCCAAAGUAACUCGAUCCGUAUUGUCCUCUCUAAUUAAAGUGGCUCACCAAAUUUCUAAUCCAUUUCAAUUGUAGCUACAUGUAAAGAGUACGUGGCAAAAGACAACCAGACUUAGAUGUUUCCUGAGAUAUUUCCUCACGAUGGACAGAAAGUAUCCGUGUUGUUAAUCAACCUAUCCUUCUAGAAUUUGUAUGAUCCUGUGGGUCUAAUUACGCACUACACCCCUCGCUUGUCUCUGGCUGUAACUUUGCCGCCUGUGAUAGGAUACCAUUUGGUUGGGUGCGACAAGUUCAAUGUCUCAUAUGCGUUCUUGAUCAUAAGCAGGCUUUUUUUAUUUCAUUUGUUGUUACAAACUAGACCAGUCAUACUGAACUAAAUUUAUGCUGCACCGAGCUAAACUUAUAAAGACAAUCGACCAUUCAGAAGCGUUAAACUAAAUUUAACCAAGAACACAUUUAAUUUAACUUAGAUACGAUACAUCUUUUUCACGAAAUUUCAGGGGCAGAUAUAUUAAGUGAAGCUACCUCCAGUUAUAAAGGAGUGGAUUUGAAAGCUUCUUCGUCAGUUGCAGACUCGGAGAAGACUCAAGUUUUACCGGCAUCUGGAAAACUGGCCAUGGAGGAUUUUGAGAUCGGAAGUUCCACGGAUGCUUUGAAAGGGAAAGACUCAGCAAACCAAGGAAAGGUGGAUUUGGAUGAUGAGCUUUCAUCAGGUCAAAUUGGAUUAAAGGAGUCAGAUGACGAUGACUGCAAAUCGACAGGUACAAUUGCUCACCAGGCCUUCCCUGUCGCAGCUGAAGGAAGCCUGGACUUUGCUGACAACAGUUCACCAGAAAAAAGUGAAGCUGCUUCUGUUGAGAAAAAACCGAACAUGAAGGAUGCUCCCUUAGCAGAGCCGGAUAAAACUCAAAUUUUCUCGACACCUGGAAAAAUAGAGGAUUUAGAGAUUGGCACCUCCACAGAUACCUUGGCAGGGAAAGAUUCAGCAAAUCAAGAGAAGGUGGAUUUGGAUGAUGAGAUUUCAUCAGGUCAAUUUGAGUUCAAGGAGUCAGAUGACGGUGACGCCAAAUCAACAGGUACAAAAAAUCCUGGGCGCGGGCAAGAUGAGCCCAUCUUGGACCGCUCGAGUAACCACUGGAUUCGCUUCAUCUUGCUCAAGGGUGCUGCGUGCAAUGUACUAAUUAAUAUUUAUUGUAUUUUAGUUAGUCACCAAGCCUCCCCUGCAGCAGGUGAGGGAAGCCUGGCAUUUUCUGAAAACAGUUCAGCAGACAAAAGUGAAGUUACUUCUGUUGAGAAAAAACUGAACAUGAAGGAUGCUCCCUUAGAAGGUACGUUGCAGGAUAAAGUUACAGCAAUCCAAGAAAAACUGGAUUUGGAUGAUGGACCUUCCUCUGAUUAUUCUACAUCCAAGAAGGAAUCGUAUGAUGAUGGAAGCAAACCAAAAGAGUCGGAGAAAACUCAAGUUUCAUCGGCAUCUGGAAAAAAAGAAGACUUAGAGAUCGGCAGCCCCACAGAUACUUUGAAAGGGAAGGACUCAGUAAACCAAGAGAAGGUGGAUUUAAAUGAGGAGCUUUUAUCAGGUCAAUUUGGAUUCAAGAAGGAGUCAGAUGUCGAUGAUGACAAAUCAACAGAUUAUUCUACAUUCAAGAAGGAAUCAUUUGACGAUGGAAGCAAACCAAAAGAUAAGGGGCAUCUUUUUGUGGACAUUUCAAACGCAGGAGUUGAAUUUACAGCUUCUUCGUCAGUUGCAGAGUGGGAGAAAAAUCAAGUUUCAUCGGCAACUGGAAAAAUUGAGGAUUUAGAGAUCGGCAGCUCCACAGAUGCAGUUUUUUUAGCAAUAACCGGACCUUACAUUGUUUCGUGGGUAAUUCGGAAUGGGAAAGUCGUCGGAUGGAGAAUGAAGCAUGUGAACAAUUUUGUUUACCAGGAUGAAUUAGAAUUCUACAUCACCGCUCUGAAUAAGGCUACUCGUUCACAAGUCAAUGCAAGGGCUGCUGAUGAAUGGGAAAUAAGUUUACCUGAAGUGGGCCGAGAUGGAAAAGGAGCGAACGAUGACUCCUUGCGAAACUCGAUGACAAAUGCCCUGAGGAAGCUCCAUGAUAUCAUAGUUACUCCUAUCGCUGAUUUCGUGGAAGGGGAUGAGAUUGUAUUUGUUCCUGAAGGUCCACUCUGCUUGGUGCCUUACGCAGCAUUGGUGGAUUCGAAUUCAAGGUAUCUGUGUGAGUCUUUCAGGAUUCGAGUGCUUCCAUCCUUAUCCUUUUUAAAAUUAAUCACUGACUGCCCGAAAGAAUUUCAUGUUAAAACCGGUGCACUGCUCGUGGGUGAUCCGUGUUACAAACAAGUUAUUCAUCAGGAGAAAUUGCUGAGUCAACUUCCGGGUGCAAGGAAAGAGGUGAAGAUGAUUGGAGAAAUCAUCGGCAUUGCUCCUCUUAUUGGAGAGGAGGCGACAAAGUACGAGGUAUGUUUUAUUUAUUGA